AGCUGCUCUGGUUUUUGGUUGUUUAUCCUAAGAUCAGGAAUGCGGUGUCUGUUUGUCCUCUGGCUGUGGUUGUGGUCGCUGCCCCCGACCCUCCCCUGCACCACCGGGAAUCCAGCAGAAUGCCAAAAAGCUCGUUUAGUUCCUGGGUCAAAUCUGGCAGGUGAGGGGUUUGAUGUAGUUACCAUGCAGCGCAAGCAAGCCUAUGUCAUCGAUGUGGAGACCUGGGAGAUUAAACCCAACAAAACCUGCACUCUGUGCACUAACCCCUACAUGGGGGGUGAGGUCCAGAAGGUGCCGCUGGCUCUGGUGGACUGGCGGGUGCUGCCCCACUGCAAGCUGCAGGUCUCCAGUGUUGUGUACGAGUCCAGUGAGCAUUUCGUGGAAAGCAACAUGAACAGGGUGUACCCCACCUGGAAGGACGGGCUCCACCUCCCAUCGUCUUCAUCUCUUAUGCUGGGGGGCACCCACUCAAAGCUGGCAAAGAUGACCAUGGAGCAGUCCAAGCAGGACAAAUACAGUUUCAUCGAACAGGAUGUGCAGUGUGCCUACUACAGCUACCAGCUUACAGAGGAGCCACCCCUGCAUAAGGAGUUUAUUCAAAACCUUCAGGGCCUCCCUGCGACGUACAACAAGAACACCAAGGCAGAGUAUCGCCGCUUGUUGGACACCUAUGGGACACACUUCAUCAAGAAGGUGAAGCUGGGUGGUCGUGUGAGCAGUGUUACCUCACUGCGGCUGUGUGAAGCGGCGCUGAGCCACUACACUGAGACUGAGGUGAAGGAUUGCCUAGAUGCUGAAGCAUCCAAAAUUCUGAAGAACGUGACAGACUUCAUCAAGACCGAAAAAAAUUACUGCAAGAAGCACACCAACGACACAUUCUCCAGCCAGUUCCACGACAGAGUCACUGAGGUGGAAGGUGGUGAGGCUGGAGUUCCUGAUCUGUUGUUUUCAAACAUGCCUAAUGUUUUCAACGACUGGACCGACAGCCUGAAGAAAAUCCCUGGAGUCGUCAACUACUCUUUGGAUCCACUGCACCUACUGGUGGACGGUUCUCAGUCAAAGAAAGAGGGGCUGAAGAAGGCUAUAGAAGACUACAUCCUGGAGAAUGCUCUGUACAAGCACUGCUCUGGAAAGUGUUCUGGAGGCUCCAAGCCCAGCUCACAUGAUUGCUGCAACUGUGUCUGUAACCCCAGUCAGUACAUAACCAGCCAUUGCUGCCCAGCUAACGCAGGUCUGGCCCGACUCACUGUCAAGGUGUUGCGAGCAACAGGCUUGUGGGGGGACACCUUUAGUAAAACUGAUGGAUUUGUGAAGAUAAGCUUUGGAGGAAAAUCUGCCCAGACUGAUGUUAUUUAUAAUAACGAUAACCCAGAGUGGAAAACCGAGUUCCCACUGGACAUGGUGACACUUUCACUGGGGACGGAGCUGAAGCUGGAGGUGUGGGACGAAGACAAGGACUGGUACAAGUGGUGGAAUGACAACCUGGGAGAGUGCAAGGUCUCCCCUGAAAGUGGCUCCCACAGUCGUAUCUGCCCACUGAACCAUGGCACUCUUUACUACUCUUAUACAGUUGAAUGUGCUCCUGGACUUGGAGGAACGACGUGCCGCAAGUACAUUCCUACUCCCAUGAGCCCCAGCCUGGCCCCUCUGUACACCUCCAGGAAUGCCGUCAAUGUCACUGCCAGCCUCCUGAUGCACAUGAGAAGGGGACAUCGUGUUGAUCCUCUGAUCUUUGUGGUACCGACAGAUGGGAAAAACAUCAGCAAAACUCAAGGCAUUCCAAAUGACAUCCACACUUAUGCCAUGCCCAAGCUUUAA